GUGGGCAUGAGUGGUCACAACAACACCGUGGCACGACUUGUAUGUGUGUAUGUGUCCGUGUGUGUGUUUGCUCUUGUACAUAUUUGUGUCGAUACUUCGCUUGCACGUGAAAUUUUAAUGAACGUUACUGUGUCAGUAUUAUGAUUGUUGAAGUAGAGCUGUGUCCCGUCCGUUCUGGGAAAUAAAAAAACCCCCCCAUUUCUUGCCGAUGAGACGGAAGCCGGAACAAGCACGUGCCCGGACGGGAGACGAACCAUCACCUGCUCAGCCUUCCGUGAAGGUUUGGUAAUAUCCAAUAUGCUACACAAGGCUGCCAUUAUAGACUUGAAGAACAAAACUGAAGUAGUACCGUCAAGUAGCAUGCCCAUUGCCAAUGUCACAGCCUUGCACGAGAAGUUGGCAGAAGUCCACAUUGAUCAGCACAAAACCAUUCGCAUUAGCAAAGGAGAUCUGGAUGAUCUAUUGGACGUUUAUAUGGGUAAAAUAGCAGAGAGUGCAGCCACCAUCAAGGACAGAGAAAAUGAAAUAAACAAGCUUCAAACCAAGGAACACACUGACGACGAUCUACUGAAGAGAUUUGAGAAUCUCACAGAGAUUUGUAAUGCUCAAAAUGCUACAUAUACAGCCAAACUGAAGGAAAAGGCGGAUCAAAUCAAGGAACUCGAGCAGAAGGUCAAGGUCUACGAGACCAGAUUGAAGAGGAAACAGCACGUGUUGACUGAUUUAAGAAAACAGAACACCUCCAGUGCGGCAUUGAUCGAUCAUCUGAGAGCCAAAGUCGUAUAUUUUGAAGGUAAGUUCAGGGAGAAGAAGGACGACCUGUUGGCAGACUGGGAGGCAGCCACCACCACUUGUAUGCCCUACGGCAUGUCGUCUGGGAUUCAUUUGAUCCAUCUGCCAGGGUUCCUGCCCUUUCUGGUGUCCUGUGAGGGUCUCACGACCGCCGGUCCUGGAUGGAUGGCUAUUCAGCGUCGACUGGAUGGCUCUGUGAGCUUCUAUCGCAACUGGGAUCAGUACAGGAAAGGGUUUGGCAAGCUCAACGGGGAGUUCUUUAUUGGCCUCGAAAAACUGCACCGCCUGACCAGCUCCCAGCCUCAUGAGCUCUACAUAAGCUUCAGGAGAUUCAAUGGAGAGUCAAGCUAUGCUCACUACGAUGACUUUGUUAUUGGCAGCGAGGAGGAAGGCUACGAAUUGAAAUUGCUCGGCCAUUAUCAAGGAAAUUCCAGCGACGCGUUACGCACCCAUGACAAGAUGAAAUUCUCAACCUUCGAUAGGGAUAACGAUGAAUUUACGCAUAUGAAUUGCGCCGAGUAUCACCACGGAGCCUGGUGGUACGACUUCUGUUCGCGAAGCAAUUUGAAUGGCAAGUACUUCAAGGCCGAGGUGGACAAUGUCCAGGGCAUUUUCUGGGAGCAAUGGUAUAGCUUCAGAUCUCUGAGAUCCGUACAGAUGCUAAUCCGUCCAAAGAGCCAAAUGGAGCUGAACGAUUUACCGAGGACCAAGCGUACUGUACCCCUAAAAAUUCAUUAAAAUGAAUCCCUCCAUCAGCUCAACACACACAAAUGCUCAUUAUUUUUAAUAAUUUAUGCGUAUUAUGUUUGUUUCUAGAGGCUUUAAGAGCACUGUGAAACCAGAUAAAUCUCAAUACGAAGCCGAGCGCCAAACGCCAAACGCCGAACCCCAUUCGUCUUUGUUAUUUACUCUUCCGACAUCCGCCGCCCGCCACCAUUCGACAGUUGAUUAGCUUUCGAUUUUUCGCCCUCUCCUCUCCCGGGUACAAUAAUUACUUCGUUACAGUUCGCUGCAGUUCGCUGCUCUAGACAUUUGUUUAUUCGCGCACAAGUGAUUAGUGCAAUUAAUUCUCAUUUUCAUUUUCAUUUUCAUUUGUGCUCGCAUUUCGUUCGCUGUUGCAACAAUUUAAUGAAAUCUAAUUGAGCUCUGACUCUGGUCUUGAAGUGCUUCUAUGGGCCUGGUCUGGACUGCCCCCACCAUUUGUCACUUGCACUUUUAUUGCCGAGGGACCGCUGUGGGAGUGGAGAAACUCAAUUGGAGUAAAUAAAGGCUUGACAAAUUAGCCAAAGUCGAGGCAUAAAAUAUAAAUGAAUAUCGAUGCGACGGAGGAUUUAUGGUCUGAGAAGAACAAUUUUUAUUUAAAUUGAGUUUAUUCCAGUUUCAUACAGAAUCUUACAGAUCUUUGGAACAUUUAAACAUUUGUUGUUUCCUCCAAUGUUACUUUACUCUAAUUUGUAGUUUCUAAGGCACUUAAUAUAUGUAUCUGCAGAGGCCUGAACAGAAGCCACCGCUGUUGCAUGGACACUCGGAUCAAAUGAAUGUAGAGUGCACUCUGCACUUUAUUGUAAAUAUAAACAAUGGCAUUGACGUCGUUGACGAUGUAGCCCGCCCAUCUA